UGUCAGAAACAGAAAGUCUGCAUUGAAUUCAGUAUUCACUAAAUUCGGGUUUAGAAACAAGAACGAGAAAUAAAAAUGUUAUUAUCAGUUGUACCGUUGUAUGAUGAAGUUCGAGUAUAAACUGUUUGUUUUGAUUAUUUGUAAUCUGUGGUGGUAGUGGCAAAAUAGGAACUGGAUGUUCUUGUGCUCCGUGAAGUUCUCAGUAGUGAUAGAUAAAGCUAUUUACUGUGACAAGAUAAAUCUAUAUAUUAUUUUGGAAUUGUACUUUGCUAUUACAAAGUUUCCUAUUUUUUGAAUUACGAUGGCUGAAGCUGCGGCUGCAACGAGCACCAAUCCUAAUGCUGAAAUUAUACGUGCUCAAGUUUUUGAAGUCGGUCCAAGAUACAAGAACUUGCAGUAUAUUGGUGAAGGAGCCUAUGGAAUGGUUGUAUCGGCGUAUGACACCGUUAAACAGUUGAGAGUUGCCAUCAAGAAAAUAUCACCGUUCGAGCACCAGACAUACUGUCAGAGAACAUUGCGGGAAAUUAAGAUUCUCACCAGGUUUAAACAUGAAAACAUUAUUGACAUUCGAGAUAUUUUGAGAGCGGAAACGAUAGAACAGAUGAAGGACGUGUACAUCGUGCAGUGUCUGAUGGAGACGGACUUGUACAAGUUGUUGAAGACACAGAAAUUAAGCAACGACCACAUCUGCUACUUCCUGUACCAAAUACUGCGAGGGCUCAAGUACAUCCACUCUGCGAACGUGCUUCACAGAGAUCUGAAGCCGUCUAACUUACUGCUUAACACCACCUGUGAUUUGAAGAUAUGUGACUUCGGUCUGGCGAGAGUGGCAGAUCCCGACCACGAUCACACUGGCUUCCUCACCGAGUACGUCGCCACACGCUGGUACAGAGCGCCGGAGAUCAUGCUCAACUCUAAGGGCUAUACAAAAUCGAUUGACAUCUGGUCAGUCGGUUGCAUCCUGGCAGAGAUGCUAUCAAACCGGCCCAUAUUCCCUGGGAAGCAUUACCUGGACCAACUCAACCAUAUUCUUGGAGUACUCGGAUCACCGACCCAAGAGGACUUAGAUUGCAUUAUCAACGAAAAGGCGCGCGGAUACCUGGAGUCGCUCCCGUACAAGCCGCGCGUGCCCUGGGUGCGGCUGUUCCCGAACGCGGAGCCUCGCGCUCUCGACCUGCUGGACAAGAUGCUGACGUUCAACCCUCACAAGCGCAUCACGGUCGAGGAGGCCCUGGCCCACCCCUACCUCGAGCAGUACUACGACCCGCACGAUGAGCCGGUGGCCGAGGAACCGUUCAGAUUCACCAUGGAGCUGGACGAUCUACCAAAGGAGACACUCAAGAGCCUCAUCUUCGAAGAGACACUGCUGUUCUACAAGAACAUGUGCGCAAACACGUAAACUGGGUACAUGACGAUAAGGAACAACCGACGACGGGCACUCUGCGAUCUUAGUCAUACAGACUAAAAUAUAUUUGGGUUUUGGUAAAAGUUAAAUACAUUAAUGAAACCAUUCAUUGAUAGUUCGCAAAACAGAUUUUACUGUAGUAAUUAUUACUUCCUUAUUUUUCUUUCGGUGCACUUCUUCAUAUGUACCCAAAUAGUAUAAUUGUUAGGAACAUCUAUACUUUUACCAAAGCAUAUCUUUGUCAAUCUCCCGCUACAGAGUGCUUACCUUAAUCAUUGCCAAAUAUAAAAUUUCGCGGAAUGUAUUACAGCUGUAUUUGUCACGUUGGUAUCUUAUCAUAUUAUUGUCAAGAUAAUAAGUUAAAUCAUUGACGUGUGCUUCGUGAGAGGUUUGGCCGUGUUGGUUUUGUUGAGAAACACGUCAUUCGGACUUGUGGUUAUAUUUGUAAUGAUACUUGCUACUUAUUAAAAUCAGCCUACGGGUUGAUUCAGAUUUGAAGGGAUAGAUUCUCUGAUGAACUUUGCGAAAUUAUUUUAUUUUUCAUCAAUUUUUAACCUUGCUCAAGGUUACAUAUUGAGAGUUUUUGUUUGAGUUGCAAAAAUAUAUCGUGUUCGUAACGGCUUUACGUAAAAAUAUUAUAUUUAAGAGUUGUCGCUUUUUUAGAUUUCUCGUUCAACUCAUAAUGUUGUAUUAUUUUAUAUAGUAUUUCUGAUACGAUGAAUUUUGAAUCAUAGUCUUAAUCGAUGAUUCUAAGAGUAAUGAUGUGGAUAAAGAAAUUAUGAACGGCUUAAAUGGAGCUAUACGAAAUAGUCGACUGGGUAGACAUCGGUAAGUUAGGUAUUAUUUAAAUGUAGGCGAAUAUAGAUAGGUUUAUUCUGAAUUUUAUCAAAGUAAAUAUAUAAUAGUGGUACGUUUUUCGCUCACGUUCAGAAUGAGUGAAAUAAAUUUUACAGUAUUACAUUUUCGUAGACCUAUUCAGAUCUAGACGGAGCGCAAUUUUAAGUCACGCCAAAAAUACAACACAAAUAGGCCUAAUGCAAUAAAAGCAAAUUAUUCCUUGUUGAUUUGCGGAACUGGUAGAUAAAAUUAAUAUAAAAAUAUACUGGUCCUUUAAAAUUUAUACCAACAGCGAUUAUUGCAAAUAUUAGGCGCAAUAGUGUUAGGCUCCAUAUUUGAUGCUAUUUUUAAACAUUUACGUUUAGGCAUUUCAAGGGGUCUGCGGUGUCUAGAAGUCUCAUGGGAUUCUAUUCGUCAUAAGUAACGGUUCAAUGAUGCAGUAUUCCUAUUACCAGGACUAUGUACCUUUCACAGGUGACAUACCGAUCAUAUUAAGUAUACGAUUAAAUAUACCUAAACUCGUUAAACUCUUGUGCUAAUAGAAUUUUUGUAAUAAAUUGAUGAUUAACUAUUUUGGUCUCAAACCUUCUGCCCUUAUAAGCAGAGAAUACGUAACUACUAUUGCUUCCAUGCGACUCUGUACUGUCGAAACAGAACGCUCCGUCUAGAUGUGUAUAUAGGUUAUUAUAUAAUUUUAUUCUUUCAAAUAUUGUGAGAAUUGUGUUUGAAUAUAAUUACGUCAAAUACAAACAAACACGUACAUAGAGCAUGUUUUUUGCGGGGAUUUCAAUACGCCAAAGUUAAGCCGACACCAGCUUAGCUCCACUCUCAUUGUCGCGUCCCUAAUUAUUUAUGACAUACUGUUAGGACACGUCAAAGCUAACGAGAGGUUGAUGUGAGCAAUGGAAGGAGGUGCACUCCUGUAAGGUCUCUAUUUAUCUAUGGAGUGUUAUAUAUUUAGAGAAUUCCUCGGAUACAGUUGAAGCUAUGUUUGUUAGUUUCUUGUUAUAAAUAUAAUACAGUAUAAAAUGAGAUUUUUUUUUACAAUUUCAGCAUGCACAUUUUUGUUGAGUCACGUCGUAUAAUUUGAUACGAUCUGAUGUAACUCUGUAAAAUAUAUUCACGUUUUCGAAGUGUAAUUAUUAUCUGAAUUUACUGAAUUCACGAACCAAAACGUUGGAUCUAAGUGCUUGUGCGUUACUUGCAAAUCAUGGUCUUCGUUAAAAAACUUGAACUGUAGUAGUCUUUCGUAGACCGGGAGGCGAUCGGUAGGUAUAAUAAAUCUGCCGAGUUUCUGGAAAUUUAUCUACUUUCGAGUUUUUAUUCAAAAGCUCAUAGAACAUACAAAAUAAGGCAACUUAAGAGUUGAUGAAGACCUUAAGUUAUUUGGGUCCAAAACGUUAAGGCCGGCAACGCUCUUGUGAUUCCUCUGGUGUUGCAAGAGAGUGUGGGCGGCGAUGAACACUUAACACCAGGUGACCCGUACGCUCGUUUGUCCUCCUAUUCCAUAAAAAAAAGGUCCGCAUUAAAUGCUCUAAUAACCAUCAAUGGCAUUCAAUAAGGUCAGUAAAUUGUAAAAGUACACAAUUAUUUUCAAAUUACUCCCACUUCAAUGUUAACAUUAUUGUUACAUUGAGAGUAAUACAUGUAAAAUGGAUUCAUAGUCUGAGAUUCAGAAAUAGACAUCAAUGGAAAAAUAGUGAUGGAUUAUAUCAUGUUAUUUUUUUGAUCGCCUCUCGGCCUAAUUUCGUCUUCCUUGCGUUGGAUGUUGCGCACAUUAAACUUUAAACUUUGUCGUACUAAUAUUAAAGCAUUCGCAAGUUUUUCAACGAGCGACCGUCGAGGAUGUCUAUUGUGUGGUUUGUCAAGCGAAAACAAAAUCUAAUUAGGCAUAUAUUAUACCAAAACAUUUAUAUUUAUAUAUUUAUUUCUUACAAAAUUUUUGGACUUUUCAAUAAAUAAUUUAUAGUUGGAAAUGAAAGCCUUAAUAUGUAUUAUAAAUACCCCAUUAGUGAUUAAUUGCACCGUAUAAUAUUAUGACGUAUCAAUAACGAAUUGUCACCAAUUCACAGUGCAACGAGGAUCAAAAUCAACUUAAACUAUACCGCAUGUAACGGGAAAAUACUUGUAUUAAUGCAUUUGCUGUUAUUUCUUUACGUACAGUUCCCGACACGAAAAAAAACACUUGAUGUGUCUGCGCUGUAGUGAUUUGUCGAACAUAUUGGUGGUAAACAAGAGGUGCGGAGGGGAAAAAGCGUCGUCUGUCAGCUACAUCACGCUAUUGGUUGAUUCGUUGAUGCCACUCCCAAAAUACAGUCGCGUACAUUUUUAACACGAUGGUUUUAUAUUUAUUGAACAUAAAUAUGUAGGUCUAAAAACUUAAGAAAAACGUUUUAAGUAGAUGUAGUUCUAAAAUUUUAUACCUUAAUUAUUACCAUACAAUUGUCUCACUUUAUUAAGAGUUAAAAUAAUAUUAUUUAAAAAUAAACUUUCGCUCCUGACUGUAUAUGCGCAAAAACAUCCCACCGUACGCGGCGUAUAUAUACCUGGUUGACUGAGCUCUUUGCAUGAAGCUUGGGUUUGCUAAAACGCUUUAUACGAAUAAAAAGCGACAUACCUGGAAAAUUAUGGCCGAGCGAUUUCCCAGAAAAAAGACAUUGAUAGAUCGCUUGUGUCCAUUCUAAAAUAGCUUCAUGAAAUAUAUUGAAGAAUUGUUCAGUGAAUAGGUUAAAAUUUCAACCCGUAUAUGAUAAUAAUUAUUAUCUUUUAACAAUCAGAAAAGGAGUGCAGAUGUAUCUGAUUUCUAUCUAACGACACUGAAUUGUCAGAUUUAUGUUUCAUAAGAGCAAUCGCGUACGAUUGUUGAUCCUUGUUGUUCUAAAAUCCUCUACGAAGUAAUGAGUUGGGAAAAAUGUGAGAUUAUAAAAAAUACUCAUACUUUUAAAAUUAAACCUAUAAGGAAUCGCAAAAUUCGUGUAUCAUACAAUUUGUAGUUGUUUUCGAUUGACAAAUCACAUUUUAGGAAAUCGGUGCGUUCUUAAAAUUUAAUCUAGAUUUUAUUAUUACAGCUUACUGUAAUUCUUGUAUAAAUGUUAUCGUGGGCGUUCUCGGGAUUGGUUGGGCUGGCACUUAGCUAUUGAUAAUAAUUUUAUGUCCGGUGAUAGAUUUUACUUAAUGAAUAGCUAGUUACUUCAUCCGUUGUAUAACAUCAGUGUUGGUGAAUCGUUACUUCAUUGUUUUUGAUUAAUUUAUGUAAACAUCCAUUCUGCUAACUAGAGUUAAUCUUUCAGCAAAACUGAUAAUAUACAUAAUGAAUAAUUCAUAAUUUAGCUAUGAUACAUCGUGACACUAAUCUUGUUUCUCGUGAGUAGAGUAAUUACGGCCGCCAUCUUGCGUGCGCCCAUAAAUGUUAUCAUGUGUUGUCAACAUUUUGUGGUUGAUAUUUACAAAGAUUUGAAAGUUGUCUUGUUAUAGGGAGCAUUAGAUAGUCGAUUCAAAAUGCUAGAUUAUUGAUAUUGUCAAAUGUUAAACAUGUUUCUUAUGCCCCGCAGUGGGAUUUGAUGUUGUGAUUACGAUUAUACAAUUUCUAGCUUUUAACGUAGGGUUGCAACAUUUGAGAAGUUAGCUUUAGCAGCAGUGUUAGUCUGUUCGUUAUUCAUUACCAUUCAGAUAAAUGGUAAUUUCCGAAUAAAACUGUUUAAAAAAUAGAAAAAUUAUUUACGUAAGUCUUGCACUAUCGGACGCCUUUGAAUAUUUAUGAACAGUUAUCGGUCGUUUAGCUAUGCGGUAAUACCCGUUGGGUUAAGAAUGCUAGAGGCGUGAUCUUCAUUGGCCUGGUCUAGAAGUUUGGAGAUAAACGUGCAUACAUGCUAACACGAUAAUUCUAAGUAUUUACCACCGUCAUUGUGAUCUUACAGUAGGAGAGCGUUACCGGACAGUGAUUUUUGAAGGUCUCUAGCGUUUUUUUUUCUCUUUGUCAAAAUCCAUUCCAACUUUGAUAUGGUACGCCGGUACCGGUUUGGAUGGUGCUACAUAGCUUAGGAUGCAAUGCAAUUAUCGAAUUUAUUCUGGGGAACCAAGGUGAAUUGAUGGUCAAGUUUAGCAAAAUGACUGGUUUCUUCUCGUGGACCUCUUAAAUAGUCUUUUACAACACGAGUUUAUCAUAAAUCACGUUUUACGUUUACAAUAAGCAAGUUUGUUUAUCUAGCAAUAUGGAACAGAAAAUCGCAUAAUGAUAUAUUGAGUAUUCUUAAUAAAAAAAAAGGUACAAAAGCACUACCAACUCUUCGGAAACAAAAUGGCGUUGUGACAGAGAAGAAUUAAUAAAAAACGACCUUGUCACUAUAAUAUUGCUAUUGGUUUAGAGUAAUAAUCAUCUAGUCCCAGUGAGUGAGGCUGUUGAGUCUUAAUAUUUACAGCGGCCUUUUUUAAAUACUUAAAACAUUUAAAUUUAUUAGUUGAUGACACCUGCACAACGGCCGGGACUUUAAAAAGUUUAGGUAUACAUUUUACGUAAGUGUUGCAACCCUAAAGUUUGUGAUUAGCGAUAAUAUUGUGUGUUUGUUAAUCAAAUUUACUUAUUCCGUUAUUGUGUAUUUCGUGAAUGUUAUAAACGAUAUUAAAUACACAGGUUUUAAUAUUCAAUUAUUGGACGUCGUGGUGUUUUUUCUCAGUCAAUGGAUUGUCAUUCGAACGCUUUUUCGUGUAAUUUGAAAUUUUUAGAUGUUAAUUAAUUAUUAAUGUUCAAAAGACAGUGUUUUUGAAAUUGAUAUCAUCUAGUAGUCGUUGUACUUAUAUUGUAAUGUUUUUUCAUCUGUUCGUAAUUCGGCUACCGAAUCUUAACAUCAACUUGUUAAAUAAUUUUAUCGUAAUUAAGUAUAUAAUUUUAGUGUGAUAAGAGAAAACAUUUUUUCUCCUUUCAAUUUCUUUUCAAUAUUGAGGGCAAUUCUAAAAACGAAUGACUUUAGAUUACUCGUAAAUUUAUUGUUAAAAAAGAAAGUUGCCAUAUUUUCUUAAGUCAUUAUGUACAAAUCGGAUAUUGUAAGAUCAUUUGUUAUUUGUCGACAGUUAAUUAUUACGAAAAUAAAAUUUAAAAUCAUA